AUGAGUGAUGCUCUAUGUGGCCCGUCGAAUGCUCUUCAAAACUUCCAGAAGCAUGCCUCUGUCGACCGUACUCUGCAGCAGGACCGCAUAGUCUCGCGGUCGUCGCCGUCCCAGGGAUUCCGAUCUCCAAACCCACACGAGGGCGUCUUAGACCCCGAAUUUGCUGCCUUCGAGUCCAACAUACCUGGCGCACCCCUUCCCGAGCUCCGUCAUGCUGCACCUUUUACCGCGCAGGGUCCGCAUUUCAUGCACCCCGCGGAAAACCAGAGCUGGGCCGCGGAUUUCCAAAAGUUGCAGAUCUCAGGACCAUCCCAUCCGAUUCAUCAGCAGCCAGGUCUAUCGGCAUCCUCGGCACCCAUGAUGGCUCAACAAGGGUGGCAAAACGAGUUCAUGAACCAACAGCAACCCCAGCAGCGACACACUCCAAACCAGCAACACCAGCCUUAUACCCAGGGGUUCCAGUCCAGCUUUGCCCCGAGCUAUCCCAUGCACGCAAGCCCGAUGAACGCUUUCCCUGCUGCACAAGAGGCGAUUGCAAACCAGCACCCCCAAACGGAGACAUUCGAUGAAUCUGCAUUCGAAGCGGCGUUCGAACAAGCCCGGGCGGACAUGGCAUCGCAGGCGGCCGAAAUCACGCAGGAGCACACCGAAGAGACGACCGUAGAGGCUACACACAUUGAGACGACCACAUCUUUCGAACCACAAGAGACCGUCCGGAUCGGAUCCGAUACUAUCCCGCAGUCGAACAAGGAGGACCCUCAAUCACGGGUAAACGACGCGGACGAACUAGCUCGAACGGCCGGACAGCUACUGGAUAGCGUGAGCCAUGACCAAAGUCAGAAGUUCCGAGAAAGCAACUUCCUCGCCUUAAUGCGCCGCAUUCGAGACCGGGAGGUGCAUGUCGAGGGGGAUGAAUUUCGCGAAACUUCACAGUCUCUACACCCUGGCGGCAAGUACUAUCCGGGCGGACAGCGAGCGCAGGAGAAGCAAACGAAUCACGACACGACCACGCACAACUUUGAUGGCAACUCUACCGUUCCGGAUGAAAGGAAUCCGACACCGUUCACAGGCUCCACCGCAGACGAUGACACACUCUAUGCAGCUUGGAACCACGGUGAUAGCUGGGCUUAG